AUGUUCAGACCGACCGCCCCUCUGUCGGGAGGCUUACUAUGGAAAAUCCCGUGGCGCAUCUCAUCCAUGCAAAAAGCGCGUCAGCGAAAACGAUUAAGAGCAGUCGAUAAGGUCGUCGACACAGUCAGCAUGGCGUUACAGAAGAAUGGCUGCGUGACAGCGAAAGCCGUGGAGAGAUGGUACCAGGAGAUGCCCCGAGAGGAAGAGAUGCUGCCAAAGGACAAAUACACCAUCUUUGACCGCAAGGAGAAGAAAUAUAGGAAGGGCAUCCACAAGCUGCCCAAAUGGACGAGAGUCAGCCAGCGGCUCAACCCACCAGGUUUCUAA